UACAAACUUACUAGAAAAUUAAAUACAAGAACAUUUAGAUACUGAAAAAUUAAGCGUGAUAAUAAUUCAAAUAUUGUAGAAGAGAAAGAAAGAAUAUCAGAUAGUGGAGUGAACAUAAAAAAAGUUUUUUCUAAUAAUAGGACAAAGGAACAAUUAAAUAGAGAUACGUUAAAUAAUUCUGGAAAUAAUAAAGAAGCUACUAAAAAUAAAUAUUCUGUAUUUGGAGGAAACAGAUAUUCCUAUUUUGAAAAAAAAAUAUUGAGCGAAAAUUUCUUGAUAAAUAAAACAAUUAGCAAUAGAACAUACAAAAAAAUAAAGUUUAAAAAACGUAGACUACGUUUUUCUUUAGGUUCAUUUUUGUCUAUAUUGAUUUACUGGUACCUUUAAUAGAUUUAUUCCUUUAUUUUGUGUGCGGAAACGAUUAUUAAGUACGUUAGUUCUUUUAAGAGUUGACAUGGGUCAUGAAGGCUAUUUUCCUAGAGUACAAGAUGGGGCGUUAAAAGAAUUAUUUGGAUGUUUAGGGAAGCAAUAAGAGUUCCGACUAUUGUAAAAUAUUGCAUUCCUAUAUUUAUAAUAUUUGUCGUAAUUAUAAUGUGUAUUGUUUAUUACUAUAAAAAAGUUAUGAAAUUCAGGGAAAAAUUAAAAGAAUAUUAA